UCUUCAAAAAUAUUGUAACAAGUGAAGUGUCGUCAUUCUUUCUUGCGGUUUUUCAGUCUUUAGUGCGCGCAAAAAAGUUCCGAAAUGGCGCCAGACAAGUCGGAAAGCCCGUACCCGAGAUCGGACUCGCCGCCCUGCUGCAGUUCGUCUGCUAUGAGAAGCGUAAAUAAUUCCUUAUGUGAGUUUGGAAAUUCUCCGUGUUAUCCCAUGGAAACUUCUUCUUCGUCGGAAGAAAGCGAAUACCACGAACGAUCACGCAGCGCGCAGGAUGAGACAGGCGCUAACUUUGCGGACACUUCUGAUGAAAUUAGCAAUCAGCAGGCUUCAGACGAGAAUCUUGAAUUGUCCAGUGAAUAUGCAAACAAUGCAGGUGCUAUUUUCGUCAGCGCCACGGAGUAUUCAGAAAAAAAGUCGCAGAUCGAUCAGCUGGUGCAGAAACUGCUCUCUCUGGAGCAGCAGCAGCGACAACUGGAGGAAAGUGGGGCCAGCAACGAGGAGCUCUUGGACUUAAAAGCGCGCCUGGAGAAGCUCAAUGCCCGCCUGGAAGCACUGGGCGAGUUUAUGGACACGCUGCGUGUGCAGGAGGAUCAGCCGGCGGUCAAGAUCAAGGAUGAGCCCGAGCAGUUGGAUCCCCUUGAGCAGAUUGAGCAGAUCGAGCAGCCUCAGUGGUCCAAUCUGUACUCGGGCCUGAACCGCCAUCGCCACAAGGCCAAGCACACUUCUGCAGAGUUUUAUCAGCACAAAAGCAACAUAAUCGCAAGUCUGAAGACCCUUUAUGAGCCCUCGGAGCCAAGUCCCACAAUCGAAGACUUGGAUAAGCAACCUGCACUCCUAAUGGUGCGCCUCCUGAAACAUCAGCAAGCUGGCUUGAAGUGGAUGAAGUUCCGCGAGCGUCAGAAGAUCUGUGGCGGAAUCCUGGCCGACGACAUGGGUCUGGGCAAGACAUUGAGUAUGAUCGCCCUGAUCUUGGCCUCACAGGAAACUAAAAACCAAAAGCGGGAGGAAAAGCAGCGAGCAUUGAAGUUGAAGUGGACCGAGGAGUUCAAUCGAUUGAAGACUAAAAAAGUGCGCAAAUUUCGCAUGUUCGACGAUGAAGAGGAGUCCGAGGAGGAAGAAAAGUACGAGCCACCAGAGAAGAAAUUAUGUCAGUCCAAGGCCAAGAAAGUCAGCAAGUUUCGCAUUCUCGACGACGAAGAGGAAGCAGAGGUAAAGGAAGAAAAGCACGAGCCGCCAGAAGAGGCACCCGAACCAGAGGUUUUCAGUUCAGACGAUGAAGAGCAGGGCUAUGCAAACGUUCGCUAUCCCUCGGCAAGCACAUUGGUCGUGUGCCCCAUGAGCGUGAUGUGCCAGUGGGCUCAGGAAGUGUCCACCAAGGUGGCGCCGAAUGGCAUCAAGGUGCUGACCUUUCACGGACCCAGCCGCCGGGAUAUCGGCUUGGAGGAGUUCAGGAGUUACGAUUUGGUCAUCACCUCGUAUAAUACCGUAGUAAGCGAACUCAAGCGAUAUGGGAACGCUUCUCUUCUGUUCGCCGUUCACUGGAACCGGGUUAUUCUCGACGAAGCUCACAUCAUUCGCAACGUGAAGACCAGUUGCUGUUCCUCAGUCUGCCAGCUGCGAGCCCGUUGCCAUUGGGCCUUGACAGGAACUCCAGUACAGAAUCGGGCCGUCGACGUGUUCGCCCUGCUGCGCUUCUUGGAUGUACCAAAUUUUCGGGACCUCCAACAGUGGAGGAGGUACCUAAAUAAUGGCAUGCGUGGUCACCAACGGCUAAACUUCAUUAUUAAACCUCUAAUGCUGCGCAGGACAAAGAAACAGUUGCAGGCGUCGGGAGACAUGCCUGCUCUGCCCCCUCUGAAGGUUGAACUAAUCUGCGUACAGCUUUCCGAGCCGGAAAUGGCGGUGUACCAGAUCUUGUCCGCCAUCUCCAAGAGGAUCUUCACAGAGUUCUUGAGGCAACGCGAGCAGGGCAACAGUGAUUUGAAUUAUUAUGCAUUGGAAAGGACGCCGCAGUUUAUAAAUGAGUCAUUUGACGCCAAGUAUUUGGAGAUCUACCACAGAUUCCUUAAAUCGCUCGGCUACAAUCCGAAAGCCAAGAUCAAGGGUAUCGUUAUCCUGGUGCUGCUGCUACGCCUGCGACAGUUCUGUUGUCAUCCGGGACUAAUGGUUGGGAUGCUGUGCGGUGCCAUGACCGCCGAAGAUGUCCAGAGCGUGAGGGUAGACGCUUCAGAUGUGGAGAAUUCUCUGAAGAUGGAUGUUCUUGCGGAAUUGGAAAAAUAUGAUCUACCUGCUAACGAAGAGGAUUCGUUGGACGGGGAGGACAGUGUCCCACGAAGUGGAAAUGUCAAGCUGAAGGACGAAAAUGAUGAGAAAAAGCCUCUGCAAGAUGUUAAGGAGGAAACUAUGCAAUGGGAUAUGGAUGAUGAACAACCCUCGUCCAGUUCUGAUAAUGCAUUCGAUGGCGCCAGGGCUCUAAAGCUGCUUAAUCCCCAGAAUCCAAUCUUUGAAUUCAUACGACCAUCUGCCAAACUAAAGCUGGUUAUUGCUAAGCUAGAGGAGCUACUCAAUAAUACCAACGACAAGAUCAUUGUGACAUCGCAGUGGCUCGGCUAUCUGGGGAUCAUCCGUAAGCGUCUGCAGGAUCAGUCAUGGGAGACACUUGAUUUUACGGGCCAGAUGUGCGCCAAGGAUCGCGAGCUGGUAUUGCGAGACUUUAACGCCAAUAAUGACAAGCGUGUUCUUCUACUCUCCCUCACCGCUGGCGGAGUGGGACUCAAUCUCAAUGUGGCCAAUCAUAUGAUAAUGGUGGACCUCCAUUGGAACCCGCAGCUCGAACGACAGGCUCAGGACCGCAUCUACCGAUAUGGUCAAAAGAAGCCAUCCUUCGUCUACCGCUAUAUGUGCCAGGACACCGUGGAGCAGCGAAUUAAGGCGCUGCAGGAUUACAAGCUAGAAAUUGCCAAAGUGGUCAUUCCAGAGGAAGAAGGAGGAGUUUCCCGACGCGGUGGCGGUGGCCUCAACAUCGAGGAACUAAAGAAACUAUUCUCAAUGUGA